AUGCCGCCUAGUAAUCCUUUGCCACCCAAAGAAAAUGCGCUUUUUAAAAGAAUUUUGCGCUGUUACGAACAUAAACAAUACAAAAAUGGGUUGAAGUUUGCCAAGCAAAUAUUGUCUAACCCUAAAUUCGCAGAGCAUGGAGAAACAUUGGCUAUGAAAGGACUAACUCUGAACUGCCUGGGUCGCAAAGAUGAAGCUUAUGAGUAUGUACGCAGAGGACUCCGCAAUGACCUCAAGUCUCCGGUGUGCUGGCAUGUGUACGGUUUGCUCCAGCGUUCUGACAAGAAGUAUGAUGAAGCUAUCAAAUGUUACCGAAAUGCUCUCAAGUGGGAGAAGGAGAACAUUCAGAUUCUCCGUGACUUGUCAUUGUUACAAAUUCAAAUGCGUGACUUGGAAGGGUACAAAGAUACCCGUUACCAGUUGUUCAUGCUCAGACCUACACAGAGAGCGUCCUGGAUUGGUUUCGCGAUGAGCUACCAUCUGCUUGGUGACUAUGAGAUGGCAAUCAGCAUCUUAGAUGCUUUCCGUACAAAUCAGAUGAAGGGAACUGAUGAUUAUGAGCAUUCAGAACUGCUGUUGUACCAGAAUAUGGUGCUUGCGGAGUCUGGACAGUAUGAAAGGGCUUUGCAGCAUUUACAAAAGUUCUCAUCUCAAAUCCUUGAUAAGUUAUCUAUUAAGGAAACCUCUGGCGAAUAUUAUUUGAAGUUGAAGAGAUUUAAGGAGGCAGAAUCAGUUUAUGAAGACUUACUCAAGAGAAACCCUGAAAAUGUGAUGUAUUAUCAAAAGUUAAUAGAAGCUAAACAACUUGUUGAUCCUGAUGAAAAAGUGGCCUUCUUUGAAGUUUAUAAGAAAGAAUUUCCCAGAGCGAUAGCGCCGCGUCGGCUACAGUUGACCGAGGCGCUUGCGCAGCCUGUGUUCGAGAAACUAGUUGAUGAGUACCUUAGGCAUGGACUACAUAAAGGAAUACCCCCGCUAUUUGUUGAUCUCAGGUCGUUAUACGCAGUUGAAAACAAAGCAGAAACAAUAGAGAAAUUAAUACUCCAAUAUUUGGAGAAUCUUGCGAAAAAUGGUACUUUUGGUCCGGACCCAAGUGAAGUGAAGCAGCCAGCUAGUGCAUUAUUGUGGGCGUAUUACUACGCCGCGCAACACUUUGAUUACAAGAAGGACACGGACAGGGCACUCCAAUAUAUUGAUGCAGCUAUCGACCACACACCCACCCUCAUAGAAUUAUUUAUUGUUAAAGGAAGAAUUUAUAAGCAUGCUGGUGACCCAGUGUCGGCGUACCAGUGGUUGGAAGAAGCCCAGGCGAUGGACACGGCGGACCGGUACGUGAACAGCAAGUGCGCCAGGUACAUGCUGCGCGCCGGACACGUCAAGCGGGCUGAGGAUAUGUGCGCCAAGUUCACUAGAGAAGGAGUCCCAGCGACAGAGAACCUGAACGAGAUGCAGUGCAUGUGGUUCCAGACGGAGGCGGCGGCCGCGUACAAGCGCCUGCAGCAGUGGGGAGAGGCACUCAAAAAGGCGCACGAAGUCGAUAGGCAUUUCUCUGAGAUAAUGGAGGAUCAGUUCGACUUCCAUUCUUACUGCAUGCGCAAGAUGACGCUCCGGUCGUACGUAGGCUUGCUUCGGCUGGAGGACGUGUUGAGGGCGCAUCCGUUCUACUUCCGCGCGGCGAAGGUCGCCGUCGAAGUCUACUUGAGGCUCGACCAGCAUCCGCUGCAGGACGCGCCACAGACUGCUGAACCAGAUACAGAUAACUCACGACUGCUUUAUUUGCCAUUCCUGUUGGGAGUUGAUAAAUCACGAACCCAAUCAAGAUGUUACCCGUCAGCAACUUGGCCAUCGAAAUGUGUGUGCUGGAUGUGGGAGAUCCAUAUUGAGAAUAAGAAGCAGAUUGGUACUAAGACCAGAAAUGUCUGA